GCUCGGCCGCUCGGCCGCUCGAUCGCUCAACGGUUCAGUUGAUAAUUGAGCGGUGCAGGGAGCACAUCGACUAGCAGCGGACCUAAGUGGACAACAAAACAUAGCAUGAUCGCAAAUCUGAGACAUUUGACGGGCCGCCUAGCGGUGCAGCGUGGCCAGCUGCAGCAGCAGGUGCGCAGUGCCUCCUAUCUGAUCGACCAGCCAGAGUACAGUUUCCUCAAGGAUCUCGGACUGGAACGCGACAAUCCCGGCGUCUACUCUGGCCACUGGCAGGGCCGCGGACAGAGCAUCACCAGCUAUGAUCCCGGCACCGGUCAGCCCAUUGCCUCAGUGCGCCAGGGCACCGUGCAGGAGCUGCAUCAGACCAUUGGCUUGACCGUUGAGGCCUACAGGCAGUGGCGUCAGGUGCCCGCCCCGGUGCGUGGUGAAAUCGUGCGUCAGAUCGGCGACGAGCUGCGCAAGUACAAGGAGCCACUGGGCAAACUCGUCUCCCUCGAGGUGGGCAAGAUCUACAGCGAGGGCCAGGGCGAGGUGCAGGAGUUCAUUGACAUCUGCGACUAUGCUGUCGGCCUGUCGCGCAUCUACUCCGGCCAGCUCAUCAAUUCGGAGCGUGCCCAGCACACCAUCCUGGAGGCGUGGCGCCCGCUUGGCCUGGUCGGCGUCAUAUCCGCCUACAACUUCCCCAAUGCCGUCUUCGGCUGGAACGCGGCCAUCGCUCUGGUCACUGGCAACGGUGUGCUCUGGAAGGGCGCGCCCAGCACUCCGCUCGUCUCCGUGGCCACCACCCGGAUUGUGGCCGAGGUGCUGCAGCGCAACCAUCUGCCGGCCGUGGUCAGCCUCUGCCAGGGUGGCACCGAUGUGGGCGCCGCCCUGGUCGCCGACCAGCGCGUGAAUCUGGUCAGCUUCACGGGCAGCUGCCAGACGGGUCGGGAUGUCGGCGUGGAGGUGCAGCGCCGCUUUGGCAAGGUCAUUCUCGAGCUGGGCGGCAACAAUGCCCUGAUCAUUGACGAGUCGGCCAACAUUAAGAUGGCCCUGGAUGCGGCGCUCUUCGGCUGCAUUGGCACCAGCGGACAACGCUGCACCACCACCCGACGCAUCAUUGUGCACGAGAAGCUCCACGACAGCUUUGUGGAGGCGCUGACGGCCAAGUACGCGCAGCUGCUGCCACGCAUUGGCCACCAGCUGGAGCUGCAGACCCUCGUGGGUCCGGUGCACAGCAAACAGAACGUCGACAGCUACAAGGAGACCAUCGAGGAGGCCAAGCUGCUGGGCGGCACCGUGGCGUUCGGUGGACGUGUCCUGGAGCGUGCUGGCCACUAUGUGGAGCCCACCAUUAUCACGGGACUGCCACAUGAUGCGCCCGUGGUGCAUCGUGAGACCUUUGCGCCCAUUGUCUACGUAUUGAAGGCGCGCAAUGUGGACGAGGCGGUGGCCUGGAACAACGAGGUAGAGCAGGGCCUCUCCUCGGCCAUCUUCACGGAGAACAUUGGCCAGGCCUUCAAAUGGAUUGGCGCCCAGGGCUCCGACUGCGGCAUCGUCAACAUCAACACGACCACAAAUGGCGCCGAAAUCGGCGGCGCCUUUGGCGGCGAGAAGGCAACGGGCGGCGGCCGCGAAUCGGGCUCGGAUGCCUGGAAGCAGUACUGCAAGCGUGCCACCAUCACGGUGAAUCACUCGGGCGAACUGGCCUGCGCUCAGGGCGUCGUCUUCAACGUGGAGUAAAUAAGCUACAUAUAUGAAAUUGAAUUUAGUCGAACAUUGUUAUCGUGAUUUGUAUUAUAAAAAUGUCUAUAAACAAAAAA